UGAUAGCAUUAUUUUACCUCAACAAUAUGUAGAGACUUUUCCUUAUCAGCUUUUAUCUGAGUUUGACUUUUAUUUGAAAGAGUAAACAGACCGUUCGCAACAUGUUUUCUCUGUAGCUAAACAUUAACCAGAUAUCCUAGAACUUCAUAAAAACAGCAAGCAGCAUAACGUCAGAGUUCUGGAGCCAUUGAAACAGAGUCAGGAAUUAAUUUCACAUUUUGGUUGUUAGUGUGGUUCUGUGGUUUAACUUUGGCCGAGGAUGUGGCUGAAACAGAAGUCACUACUGAAACAGGGUCAUGCUUUCCUGACAUGUGCAAAUUCCUCAAAGAGUUUGGUGCCAUGAAAGAAAAACAAAAAGGAAUGGAAACAAGCCUGAAGGAGACUGAAAACCAGGUUCUAGAACUGAAGAAGAAAGAAACAUUCAAGAUAGCAUUCAGUGCUGCAACAGGUGGAGGUGGACCCAUCGGGCCCUUCAGCACAACAACAACCAUAAUCUACAGAACAGUGAUAACAAAUGUGGGCAAUGCCUACAAUCAGCACACAGGUAUUUUUGCUGCACCUGUUGCAGGCGUAUACUACUUCACCUUCUUUUAUCAUGCUGGAGGAGAACGAAUUGUGAGUCUAGCCCUUGUGAAGAACAACGAGGUUAUUAUGAUAGCCUAUGACCAUAAAACAUCACAUGACGGGGCUGAUAAUGGAGGCAAUGCAGCAUUCCUGCAACUGCAGCAAGGAGACCAGGUGUAUAUGCAGUUGUCUGAGAACACUCAUGUUUGGGGGGACAGUCAAAUUACCACUUUCAGUGGUGCUCUUCUGUAUCCACUUUGAAAUAAACUAUAUGAGAGUUUAAAGAAAAACACAUCACUAAAUAAAAUUUGCAUUGUCAUGUUAA